CUUCCCGUCCGCCGCGGGGCUGGGGCGCCCCUCCUGCCACUUCCACCUUGGCGGGGCCCUGACGCCCGCCCCCAGAUCACCUGCAGGUGUGAGCGCAAACCUAGCACACGUGCCAGACGCUAUUUAAGGGUCCGCCUGUCAGCGCGGCUUGUAAUUGCCGGCUGCUCCACUCAGUGUCCGCCAGCUGUCCCAGGCUCGAGGGUCCCAGAACGCCUCCAGCAACUAAGGCUAUAAGUUGUGGCAUGGGCGCCAGGAUUCCGCUCUGUUUUUUCUGGGCUGUCGUCGUUCAGGGGGUCUUCGGUGUCUUGGAAGGGCCUUUUUGUGAGCCUCUUCCUCCUAUCAUCAAUGGUCGAAGGAGUGAACAUUCUAGACCAGUCAGUCUGCACACUGUAGUGAAAUACUCUUGUAUGUACCCUUUCCGCCUCAUUGGAGAAAAAACCCUUACUUGUGUAAGUGAAGACAAUAAUAAGGCAGUCUGGAAUAGAGCUCCUCCUGUGUGUGAAUAUUACAAUAAACGUGCCAUGUGCCCUGAUCCCAAAGUGCCUGGAGGAUACAUAAUACAAGGAACCAAGCCACCAUAUAUACACGGUGAUUCUGUGACAUUUACCUGUAAAGCCAACCUCACUAUGAAAGGAAGCAAAUCUGUUUGGUGUCAACAAAAUAAAGAGUGGGGCCCAACGCCACUGCCAAAGUGUGAGAGUGAUUUUCCUAUAGACUGUCCACCACUGCCCAUGAUCCCCAACGGACAUCACACAGGGGAGAAUGCUGGCCCCAUUGCCUCAGGAUCAUCUGUGACUUACAGCUGUGAGCCCGGUUACUUGCUUCUUGGAGACAAGACCAUUGACUGUUUGUCUUCGGGAGAAUGGAGUGCUAAUACUCCCAAAUGUAAAGAGGCACAAUGUGAAUCUCCCCGAGGGUUACACAAUGGGUAUAUCAAACAGCCUCCAAGCCUUCUGGCCGGUGCGAUUGUGAACAUUUCUUGCAAUGAAGGGUAUCGAUUAAAAGGCUCGCCAUAUAGUCAGUGUGUGAUUGCUGGACAGCAAGCUGUUUGGACCAAGAUGCCAGUAUGCGAAGAAGUUUUUUGCCCACGGCCUCCUCCUAUUCUCAAUGGAAGACACUCUGGCAGCUUUUCAGCCACUGUUCGGUAUGGAAGCACGGUCACUUACACUUGUGACCCAGGCCCAGAGAAAGGCGUGAACUUCAUCCUGACUGGGGAGCCCACCAUCCGUUGUACCACUGAUAGUCACAAUACUGGAACUUGGAGUGGCCCUGCCCCACGCUGUGUGCUUGAUACUGCCACCAUCCAGUGUCCAUUUCCAGAAGUUCAAAGAGGUCAAAUGUUAACUGUUCAGAAAGAACAAUUUUCCUAUAAUGACACCGUGGUGUUUGCUUGCAUAUCUGACUUCACCUUGAAGGGCAGCCCGCGAGUCCGCUGCAGUGCCCAGGGCACAUGGGAGCCACCAAUACCAGUCUGUGAAAAGGAAUGCCCACUCCCUCCUAAAAUCCUUCAUGGGCAUAGUGAAGAUAAACGCUUGGCCCGCUUUGACCCUGGAACAUCUAUAAAAUACAACUGUGAUCCCGGCUAUGAGCUAGUGGGAAAAGAAUCCAUCCACUGCACCCCUGUAGGGGAGUGGACACCCAGUGCCCCCCAGUGUAAAGUGGCAAAAUGUGAACCUAUUGGACAGCAACUCUUUAAAAAGCCCCAGAGUAGAUUUAUCAUACCAGAUGUUGACUCUUCUUGUGAUGAAGGGUACCGGCUAAGUGAGAGCGUCUAUCAGAAGUGUCAAGGUAAAAUUCCUUGGUUUAUGGAAAUUCGUCUUUGUAAAGAGAUCACCUGCCCUCCACCUCCUGCCAUCGACAAUGGGAGGUACACAGGGAGUCUCUCAGGAGAUAUUCCAUAUGGAACCACGGUCACAUAUACAUGUAACCCUGGGCCCGAGGCAGGAAUACAAUUUGACCUCAUUGGGGAGCCCACCAUUCGCUGCACAAGUGAUGAUCAAGAGAGAGGCACCUGGACUGGCCCUGCUCCUCUCUGCCACCUGUCCAUCCCUGAUAUCCAGUGCUCACACAUCCACGUGGCAAAUGCGCACAUGAUAUCUGGCAAAGAAGCCCCAUAUUCCUACAAUGACACCGUGACAUUUCAGUGUCAAACUGGAUUUACAAUGAAGGGCAGUGGGCAGAUUCGUUGCAAAGCUAAUAACGUUUGGGAUCCUGAAAUACCAGUUUGUGAAAAAGAGGCAUGCCAGCCCAUGAGAGAUAUUCAACAGCUUCCAGAUGAUGCACUUGUGGAACUAGUUAACACGUCCUGUCAACAGGGGUACCAUUUGGCUGGGCACACUUACCAGAAAUGUCAGGAUGUUGAGAAUGGAGUAUGGUUCCAAAAGAUCCCACUCUGUGAAGUGAUUCUCUGCCCACCUCCACCCGAGAUUAUGAACGGGAAGUAUACCAGCAGGAAGACAAAACAAUUUCACUAUGGCGAUGAAGUGUCUUAUCAAUGUUAUGAAGGCUUCAAUCUUCUGGGCCAGAAAACUUUGCAGUGCAGCAAUAAUACUGAAGGACAGGGGUUCUGGAGCAGCCCUGCCCCCCAAUGCCUCCACGAUCCUCAUUGUCCCGACCCAGAAGUCAGAAAUGGAUACAAACUCAGUAAAAGUGUCUCUAAAUAUUACAAUGGUGACACAGUAAGCAUUGCCUGCAAUUCUGGCUUCAUCCUGAAUGGCAGUCACUUGAUUAAGUGUCAUAGUAACACUUGGGUUCCAGGCAUACCAGCUUGUAUUAAGAAGGCUUCCUUAGGGUGUCAACCUGCAUCCAAAAUCCUCAACGGGAAUCACAAUGGUGAAAAUAUAACUCGAUUUCCCCCGGGAAAAUCAAUCACAUACAGCUGUGACCCAGGUUACCUGCUGGUGGGAGAGGCGCACCUUCUUUGCACCCAUGAAGGAACAUGGAGCCACCCUGUCCCUUAUUGUAAAGAGGUAAACUGUAGCUUCCCAGAGGAUACAGAUGGAAUCCAGAAGGGGGUGGAGCCUGGGAAGAUGUAUCAAUAUGGAGCCAUUGUAAGUCCAAAGUGUAAAGAUGGGUAUACCCUGGAAGGCAGUCCUCAGAGCCAGUGCCAAGACGACCACCAAUGGAACCCUCCCCUAGCUGUUUGCAGAUCCUAUGCAGUUGCUCCACGUGCUCCUCUUCUUGGUGGUAUUAUUGCAGGUUCCAUGUUUCUUAUCUUCUUGAUUAGUGUUGCCUUAUUCAUGAUAUCAAAACACAGAGAACGCAAUUAUUACACAAACAAAAACCCUCAAGGAGCUGCUCAUUUAGAAAACCAAGAAGCAUACCCUGUUGAUCCAUACAACCCAGCAAGAACCUUUGAAAUCUGUGCCUCCACCAGGCAGAAACCUCCUCCGAGAGCGCGUCCCCAAGCCCUGCAUACCGGGCAGGCAGGCAGGCAGUUCAGCUGCACAUCUGCCCACACGGAUUCCUGCCUGGACAGCACCGCCUUUGUUGUGACCAGCGGGUCUUCAAGUGGAGCUCAGCUGAGAGAUGGAGGCACGGGUCUGCGCUUGGAGAGCAUGGGAGCCGCUUCCCCGCGGAGCCCAAAGCCUCCGCCUCGUCGGUCCUGCUGCAGCGGAGGAGCCCUUCUGGCGGCUGCGGCGCUGCUGCUGGCGCUGCCGGCGACCUGGGGUCAAUGUGAGACCCCACAGUGGCUUCCCUUCGCCAGGCCUACAAGUCCAAUGGAUGCAUCUGAGUUUCCCAUUGGGACAUCUCUGAAGUAUGAAUGCCGUCCUGGUUAUAUUAAAAGGCAGUUCCUUAUCACCUGUGAAGAAAACUUGGUGUGGACAGGCGCAGAAGGCAAAUGCAAACGAAAAUCAUGUGAAAAUCCUCCAGAUCCUAAGAAUGGCAUGGUGCAUGUCAUCACAGACAUCAAAUAUGGGUCCAGAAUUAAUUAUUCUUGUGAUGAAGGAUAUCGCCUCAUUGGUUCCUCCUCUGCAAAAUGCCUUCUGUCAGAUAACGGUGUCUCCUGGGAUACUAAAAUGCCCAUCUGUGAGAGAAUUCUUUGUUCACCACCCCCAGCCAUUGCUAAUGGAGGCUUCCACAAUGUUAACAACGAAGAUUUUCAGUAUGGAAUGGUGGUGACCUAUCACUGCAACGCUAACACAGCAGGAAGGAAGUUUGAACUCAUCGGGGAGCCCUCAAUAUAUUGCACCAGCCAUGAUGACCAGGUUGGCACCUGGAGCGGCCCCCCUCCUCAGUGCAUUGUACCUAAUAAAUGCACACCUCCAGACGUGGAAAAUGCAGUCAUGGUAUCGGAGCACAAGAGCUUGUUCUCCUUAAAUGAAAUUGUGGAAUUGAAAUGUCAGCCUGGCUUUGUCAUGCAAGGACCCAGAAAGGUGCGGUGCCAGGCUCUAAACAAAUGGGAGCCAGAGCUGCCACUCUGCUCCAGGGUGUGUCAACCACCUCCAAAAAUUCUGCAUGGUGAACACACCCAAAACAACAAGGACAUGUUUUCCCCUGGGCAGGAAGUGAUCUACAGCUGUGAGCCUGGCUAUGACCUCAGAGGAGCUGCUGUCCUGCGCUGCACACCACAGGGAGCCUGGAGCCCCAUAGCUCCUAUAUGUGCAGUAAAAUCCUGUGAUGAUUUCCUGGAUCAACUCCCUAAUGGUCGUGUGCUACUUCCAUUUAAUCUCCAGCUUGGAGCCAAAGUGUCCUUUGUUUGUGGGGAAGGGUUCAGACUAAGGGGCAAUUCUUCCAGUCAUUGUGUCUUAGUUGGGAUGGAAAGCCAUUGGAAUAGCAGUGUUCCUGUGUGUGAGCAAAUCUUUUGUCCGAGUCCUCCAGCCAUCCUUAACGGGAAACACACAGGAAAACCUUCAGAACUCUUUCCCUUUGGAAAAGCAGUAACUUACACAUGUGACCCCCACCCUGACAAAGGGCUGACCCUCAUCCUCAUUGGCGAGAGCACCAUCCACUGCGUAAAUGACAGUCAAGGAAAUGGGAUUUGGAGCAGUCCUGCCCCUCGCUGUGAACUUCCAGGUUACUGUAAAGCCCCGGGCCAUUUUCAAUUUGCUGAGUUGAAAACCCAAACCAAUGAAUUUGAGUUUCCUGUUGGGACUUCUUUAAAGUACGAGUGUCGCCCUGGGUACAUGGGGAAGUCGUUCGUCAUCAGGUGUUUAGAAAACCUGAUCUGGUCACAGCCCGGAGAUGUCUGUAAACGAAAAUCAUGUGAAAAUCCUCCAGAACCUUUGAAUGGCAUGGUGCAUGUCAUCACAGACAUCAAAUAUGGGUCCAGAAUUAAUUAUACUUGCAAUAAAGGGUACCGACUCCUUGGUCAUGCAUCUGCUGAAUGUGUUCUCUCAGGCAAGACUGUCAGAUGGGAGACAAACCCACCAAUCUGUGAACGUAUUCCUUGUUCACCACCCCCAGCCAUUGCUAAUGGAGGCUUCCACAAUGUUAACAACGAAGAUUUUCAGUAUGGAAUGGUGGUGACCUAUCACUGCAACGCUAACACAGCAGGAAGGAAGUUUGAACUCAUCGGGGAGCCCUCAAUACAUUGCACCAGCCAUGAUGACCAGGUUGGCACCUGGAGCGGCCCCCCUCCUCAGUGCAUUGUACCUAAUAAAUGCACACCUCCAGACGUGGAAAAUGCAGUCAUGGUAUCGGAGCACAAGAGCUUGUUCUCCUUAAAUGAAAUUGUGGAAUUGAAAUGUCAGCCUGGCUUUGUCAUGCAAGGACCCAGUAAAGUGCGGUGCCAGGUCCUGAACAGUUGGGAGCCAGAGCUGCCACUCUGCUCCAGGGUGUGUCAGUUGCCUCCAGAAAUCCUGCAUGGUACACGCACUCCAAACAACAACAAUGCCUUUUUCCCUGGGCAGGAAGUGAUCUACAGCUGUGAGCCUGGCUAUGACCUCAGAGGGACUGCUGCCCUGCAUUGCACCCCCCAGGGAGACUGGGACCCUGCAGCCCCAACAUGUGCAGUGAAAUCAUGUGAUCAUUUCCUGGACCAACUCCCUAAUGGCCAUGUGUUAUUUCCACUGAAUCUGCAGCUUGGGGCAACAGUGUCUUUUGUUUGUGAUGAAGGGUUUCAUUUAAAGGGCAGUUCUGUCAGUCAUUGUGUCUUGCUGGGAACAAGAAGCCUUUGGAACAGCAGUGUACCAGUGUGUGAACAAAUCUUUUGUGCAAAUCCUCCAGCUAUCCUUAACGGGAAACACACAGGACCUCCACUGGGAAAUAUUCCCUAUGGAAAAGAAAUAUCUUACACAUGUGACUCCUACCAUGACGGAUGGACAACCUUCAAGCUCAUUGGGAAUAGCACCAUCCGCUGCAUGAGUGACAGUCAAGGAAACGGGAUUUGGAGUGGUCCCGCUCCUCGCUGUGAACUUCAUGUGUCUGCUGGUCACUGUAAAGUCCCAAAACAGUUCCCAUUUGCUAGUGCUACACCUCCACUUGAGGAGUCUGAAUUUCCAGUUGGGACACUCUUGACUUAUGAAUGCCGCCCUGGGUACUGGGGGAAUGCCUUCUCUAUCACCUGCCUUGAAAACUUGCUCUGGUCAAGCAGAGACAACUGUAGACGAAAAUCAUGUGGAACUCCUCCAGUACCCUUUAAUGGAAUGGUACAUAUGAACACAGAUACCAAAUUUGGAUCCAUUGUCAACUAUUCCUGUAAUGAAGGGUAUCGCCUCGUUGGUUCCCCAUCAGCUGCUUGUCUCCUGUCAGGCAGUAAUGUGAAAUGGGAUAAGGAGGCUCCUAUCUGUGAGGCUAUAUCUUGUGAGCCACCUUCAGCCAUAUCCAAUGGAACAUUCUACAGCAACAAUCAAACAUUUUUUCCCUAUGGGGUGGUGGUGACUUACCAGUGUCACACUGGGCCAGAUGGAGAAAAUGUGUUUGACCUCAUGGGAGAACCAUCAAUAUAUUGUACCAGCAGAGAUGGUCACCUUGGUAUCUGGAGCAGCCCUCCUCCUCAAUGUAUUGCUACUAAUAAGUGCACGGCUCCACACAUUGAAAAUGGAAUCAGAGUCACAGGAAAUAGGAGUUUAUUUUUGCUCAACGAGAUUGUGAGAUUUACAUGUCAACCUGGCUUUGUCAUGAAAGGCUCUGAUACCGUGCAGUGCCGCACCAACAACAGAUGGGGACCUGAGCUGCCCCGCUGCUCCAGGGUAUGUCAGCCUUCUUUAGAAAUCCUACAUAGUGAGUGCACACUAAGCAACAAGGUUGCCUUUACCACUGGGCAGAAAGUGAUCUUCAGCUGUGAGCAUAGCUACCAUCUUGGAGGGCACAUUUUCCUGUGUACCCCAGAGAGAUCAGAGCCCCGCAGCCCUGACAUGGUGACAUCAUGUGAUGACUUCCUGGACCAACUCCCCAAUGGCCAUGUGUUUGUUCCACUUAAUCUCCAGCUUGGAGCACAAGUGACCUUCAUUUGUGAUGAAGGGUUCCGAUUAAGGGGCAGCUCUGCCAGUCACUGUGUCUUGGUUGGAAUGAAAUACCUUUGGAACAGCAGUGUUCCUGUGUGUGAACAAAUCUUUUGUGCAAAUCCUCCAGCUAUCCUUAAUGGGAAACACACAGGACCUCCGCUGGGAGAUAUUCCCUAUGGAAAAGAAAUAUCUUACACAUGUGACUCCUACCAUGACGGAUGGACAACCUUCAAGCUCAUUGGGAAUAGCACCAUCCGCUGCAUGAGUGACAGUCAAGGAAACGGGAUUUGGAGUGGUCCCGCUCCUCGCUGUGAACUUCAUGUGUCUGCUGCAUGCUCAGAUCCACCAAAGAUCCAAGGCGGGCGCCACAGUGGAAGAUAUAAAGCCCCUUUUCUCCCUGGAAUGAUAGUCAGCUACACCUGUGACCCUGGCUACUUAUUGGUGGGAAAAGACUUCAUUUUCUGUACAGACCAAGGAACUUGGAGCCAACUGGAUCAUUACUGCAAAGAAGUGAAAUGCGGCCUCCCACAGCUCAUGGAUGGCAUCCGGAAAGAGCUGAAAAUGAGACAAAUCUAUCACUAUAGAGAGAACGUAACUUUGGAGUGUGAAGAUGGUUAUGUUCUAGAAGGCAGUCCCCGGAGUCAGUGCCAGGCGGAUGACAGAUGGGACCCUCCUCUGGCCAUAUGUACAGCGCGCCAACAUUAUGCUGUCAUAUUCGGCAUGUCUUUUGGUGCGGUCAUAUUUCUUUUAUCCAUCAUUGUUCUCUGUGGGAUGAUUCUAAAACGCAAAAUGGGCAAUAAUACGGAUGAAAAAUUGGAAGAAGUGAGAAUCCACUUACAGCCUCAAGAAGGCAGCUGUGCUCAUCCUCAAACUCUGCUAUCACAACACAAGCAUAGCAGCCCAGCUCAGAAUUCACUCAUCCAAGAAGCUCUGCUCAACAAUUCCAGUCCAAAAUGAUAUCUCUUUGAAUCUCGUUGUUUUCUGACUACACUAUCUUUAAAUGUUUUUAAGAAUCAUAUGUGCUCAUUAUUGAAAAAUGAGAUACA